CAAGAAAAGGAUCUAGACACAUGAUUUGUUGCUUUCUUCUUCUUGUUCUUGGUUUGUGGUGAUAGAAUCAUCUGGCAGUUUAGAAAGGAUUUUUGGAAUUUGGAUUUGGAUUUGAGAGAGAUGGGAAAGACAAGCAAAUGGCUAAGAAGCAUUUUGACAGGAAAGAAGGACAAGGAAAAGGAAAAGGAGAAUUGUCAAAGUGAUAAUGAGAAUCCCACAACUCCAAUCUCAAUCCCACAGACAACACCAAAGGAGAAGAGGAGAUGGAGUUUCCGGAGAUCGUCGGCUUCUGCGGCGCCUCCCAAGGAUUCGAAGGACUCGAAUUCUGUAGAACAAGGCGCUAUGACUCCACUGUUAGUGCAGGCUGCAUUGGACGCUGAGAAUGAGCAUAAAAAACACGCCAUGGCCGUGGCAGUGGCCACGGCAGCGGCUGCUGAUGCUGCUGUGGCGGCUGCGCAGGCUGCAGCCGCUGUGAUCCGGCUAACUGCCGCAGCCAAUGGAAAAAACAGUGCAAUUGAAGAGGCUGCAGCCAUCAAAAUCCAAUCCGUUUUCCGCUCUUAUUUGGCAAGAAAAGCAUUGUGUGCCUUGAAAGGGCUGGUGAAGUUGCAGGCAUUGGUGAGAGGUCAUCUUGUGAGGAAGCAAGCCACGGCGACUCUCCGCUGUAUGCAGGCAUUGGUGACGGCACAGGCACGAGCCCGUGCGCAGAGGAUCCGAGUGGUUGAUGACACAAAGCCCGUUAGCCAUAGGCCAUCCACACACAGAAAAUCAGUACAGGACAAUUGGCUGCGUCAUCCAUAUCAUGAUAUUGACAUAGGCAUGGAGGAGAACGUCAAGAUUGUGGAGAUGGAUCUUGGAGGAACAAAGGGAUCGUCAAAGAGCAGAAACAGCUACUCAAUUCACCCACAAACAGAAAGAACAGAUUGCAGACUUUCGACACAUCGACCGACCUCGAGGCAAGAAAACAUCAACAACAACAGCAGCUGCAAGGUCUCACCGGCUCCAUCAGCCCUGACUGACAUGAGCCCCAGAGCCUGCAGCGGCCACUUUGAGGACUACUCUUUCGGCACAGCUCAAAGCAGCCCUCAGUACUGCUCGGCCGCAUCUAAACCCGACCCCUCUAGGCUUCCCUUUGCCUUUCCUAGGCCAGAUUAUGCAGAGUCACUCUCCUAUGACUGCCCUUUGUAUCCGAGCUACAUGGCCAACACGGAGUCCUCGAGGGCUAAAGUUCGGUCGCAGAGUGCGCCAAAGCAGAGGCCAGCAGACUCAUUCGAGAGGCAGCCAAGCCGCCGGAGGGCGUCCAUUGAAGGGAGGAACGUGCCGAGGGCCGUACGGAUGCAAAGGUCUUCUUCACAUGUUGGUGCAACAGCUAAAAACUACCAGUAUCCGAUCAAGCUCGACAGAUCGAUGGUUUCGCUUAAGGACAGCGAGUGUGGCUCAACUAGUACAGUCCUCACUAAUACAAACUAUUGCAGAUCUCUUGUUGGAUUUGAUUUUCAUGGCAAUAGGUACUAAUGGCCCAACGAGAAGAAAUGGGCAGAUUUUUCACAGACAAAGCAAGCUCCAGACAAUGGCGAAAAUUGCGAAAAGCUUUAUCUAUUUAUUUAUUUUUUUCUGACUCAAACUCCUCCUCCUAGACCUUUUUAUCUGAUUCCAGUGUAAUUUUGCAAGGAACUUUUUUAUUAUC